AUGGGUGUCAUCGACACUAUCCGGGGCCGCGAUGAAAAUGGCCGGACCUCAAAAUCGUUUCUACCAACUCCAGUUUAUGAGGAUAAUACUACUAAACAAGAACAACCUGCAAACGACAUAUCGCAUCUCCCGGGUGAGGAAUCUCUAGAGUGGCACGAUGAAAAGGAGGUUCAGGCACACCCUGACCAGAUCAAUGCAAAUGCCGAUUAUGGUCUUCAGAAAGCUGAGGCUGCUGCACUCGUCUAUACCAAGAAGGUCGUGUUCGGAAUCUAUGGCUGGAUUUGGGUCUGCUACUUCAUGUUGGCUUUCCACCAGACUAUGUUGUCAAACCUGUCGCAAUAUGUAUUAGGUUCAUUUGAUGCUGGACCACAGGUCACCACGGCCUAUAUUACCUCGGCCAUUGUGGGAGGCGUGUUGAAACUACCGCUGGGAAAGACCCUGAAUUUGUGGGGCCGUGCCGAGGGUCUGUUCGUCUCGGUUGUAAUUUAUCUCAUUGGUAUGGUUAUCCUGGCUGCUUGCAAUGGGCCCAACUCGUUCGCUGCUGGAUACACUUUGUAUUGGGUUGGCUACUACUUCAUCUAUCUCAUUUUGGAAAUUUUCAUUGCGGAUACCACCGGGUUGCGCAACCGAGCCUGGGCCUUUGCUUUCUCCACAACCCCAUUCAUCUGCACCGCUUUUACUGCUCCAUUGGCAGUGACUUCUUUUAUCGAGACAUCAGGAUGGCGCUGGGGAUUUGGAGUUUUUGCCAUUGUGCAGCCGUUUGUCUUUGUCCCUCUGUGUGCUGUUUUCAAAUUUUACGAGAAGAAAGCCCAGAGGCUGGGGGUGUUCAAGAGAGAACCAAGUGGCCGGACCACUUGGCAAUCCAUUAUUCACUAUAUCCACGAGUUUGACGUAAUUGGUGCUUGCAUCAUCAUGGCUGCGUUUAUUCUCUUUCUGCUGCCAUUCAGCUUGACAUCCUACGGCCUCGCUGGAUACUCCAGUGCCAAAUUCAUCGCCAUGAUUGUAGUUGGAAUCUGUCUCUUCCCUGCCUUCGGUGUCUGGGAGAAAUACUUUGCUCGGAAGCACUUCAUUCGGUGGGAAAUCUUCAAAAAUCGCUCUAUCGCUGGUGCUUGUCUGCUCAGUCUUGUCUUAUUCUUCAACUUCGAUCUAUGGGACACAUACUUCCAAGCAUUCCUGCUCGUUGUAUAUGACCUCGGCUACACUAAGGCUGGUUAUCUGAUGCAGACCUACAACGUUGGCUCUUGCUUUUGGUCCGUGAUCAUGGGACUGUACAUCUACAAGACCAAGCAUUUCAAGUGGGCAUGUUUAUGCUUCGGUUUGCCGCUCAUGAUGCUUGGGUCAGGUCUGAUGAUUUACUUCCGCGGUGCUGAUCAGGACAUCGGAUAUAUCAUCAUGUGCCAAAUUUUUAUUGCUUUUGCCGGUGGUACUAUGGUCAUUGGAAAUGACAUGGCUGCUAUGGCAGGAGGUGAUCGUGAAGGCAUUCCAUUGGCACUCUCCUUGAUCAGUUUAUUCAACAAUGUGGGAAGCUCGAUCGGAUAUGCUGUUUGCGCCGCGAUCUACAAUAACACAUUUCUUGGGGCGCUCCGCAGCCGUCUCCCCGCAGAUCAGCAAGCUAAUGCUGAGGAUAUCUACAAGGGCACUUUCGUUACACAACUGAAGUACCCAGUUGGGUCUCCGAUUCGCGACGCCGCUGCCUAUGCUUGGGGCUAUUCGCAGCGAAUGAAUUGCAUUGCGUCCACCUGCAUCUUGGUACUGGGUAUUCCAGCCAUUCUCAUGUGGAAGAACUUCAACGUCGAUAAGAAGCAGGUGAAGGGUACCGUCAUAUAG